GAGGCAUCCACAAUUACACAGGGAAUGUUUUCCUAGAGAUGUCAGCCUACAAAGGACACAAUCUCUCUUCUUCAAAUUCCUCCCCAAAAUGUCCUUUCCAAACAGCUCUCCUGCUGCUAAUACCUUUUUAGUAGAUUCUUUGAUCAGUGCCUGUAGAAGUGACAGUUUUUAUUCUAACAGCGCCAGCAUGUAUAUGCCACCUAGCACAGACAUUGGAACUUAUGGAAUGCAAACCUGUGGACUUCUACCGUCUCUGGCUAAAAGAGAAGUUAAUCACCAAAAUAUGGGUAUGAAUGUACAUCCUUAUAUACCUCAAGUAGACAGUUGGGCAGAUCCGAGUAGAUCUUGUCGAAUAGAGCAACCUGUUACACAGCAGGUACCCACUUGUUCCUUUACUACAAAUAUUAAGGAAGAAAGCAAUUGCUGCAUGUAUUCUGAUAAGAGAACAAAACUGAUUUCUUCAGACGUCCCUUCCUACCAGAGGCUGGUCUCUGAAUCAUGUCCCAUUGAAAAUCCCGAGGUUCCUGUCCCAGGAUAUUUUAGACUAAGCCAGACCUACGCCACUGGGAAAACCCAAGAGUACAAUAAUAGUCCUGAAACGAGUUCAACUGUAAUGUUACAGUUAAACCCUCGCGGCAGCUCCAAACCGCAGAUAUCUUCUCAACUUCAGAUGGAAAAGAAAAUGAAUGAAAAUCCGAACAACCAAGACAACUCAGCUAAAGUCUCUCAAGUGGAAAGUCCAGAGCCAAAGUCCACUUUGCAAGAUGAAAGGAGCUGCCUGGCUGAAGGCUCUGUGUCCAGCCCAGAAGUACAGGAGAAGGAAAGUAAAGAGGAAAUCAAGUCUGAUACGCCAACAAGCAAUUGGUUAACUGCAAAGAGUGGCAGAAAGAAGAGGUGUCCUUAUACUAAACAUCAAACACUGGAAUUAGAAAAAGAGUUCUUAUUCAAUAUGUAUCUCACUCGAGAGCGCCGCCUAGAGAUCAGUAAGAGCGUGAACCUCACUGACAGGCAGGUCAAGAUUUGGUUUCAAAACCGCAGAAUGAAGCUUAAGAAGAUGAGCAGGGAGAACCGAAUCCGAGAACUGACCGCUAAUCUGACCUUCUCUUAAACCGUAAACCUGGGGGUUGAAACAGUGAGAACUGGGCACAGCACCGCCAGUUGCAAAAUGCAGGAGAGACUUUGGAAAAAAAACCUUCAUUUUUCAUUUUUUUCUGAUAGAAUGUGACUUUUCGUCAUUCAUUUAGUGCUGCAAGUGAAUAUGUAUUACUAUGAUAAGUAUAUAUAUAAAAACCUAGCACGUGUAAUUUAUUUUUUUCUCAUCGUAAUGCAGGGUAACUAUGAUUGAAUAUUAUCAUUUGGUCUUAACUUAUUGGAACUGUCGAACAUCCAAACAAUGUGACUUUUUCAUGUUUUUUCUAACAAAAUGGUAUUUAUGUCGGGGCUAAUAUAUGGGCCAUAACAUUUUGAAUACAUUCAAUAUUUUAAGGGGGAAAAACUUUUGGGAAAAAAGCACAUUACAAUGUAACUAUUCUAUCAAAUGAACUUAGAAAUUGUCCUUCAUAAAAUGGAAUAGUUAAUUCUUCUCCAUUGUAGACAUUUUCUUGUGGUGCAUAUGUGGUAUAGUAGUCGUACAACAGCAAUAUGUUCUUCUUGUGCAUGUUCUAUUCGCAUGUAUAAUGCAAUAAAGUCUGUAAACUAC